GAAAACCACAAGUGCAAAAUUUAUUAUAGAUGAAAGCUGAGGCACUUCCACUUCUAAUUCUAUCUCAUUCAAGUAGUUGUACCUGCAUUUAGUUCGAGAUUGAUUCUACCGAAUAUGAAUUUGUUAAACCGUGAUCAAAGGAACAAGAGAGCUGUGACGCGCGAGGAACAUGGUUUUGACUUUUUGACUUACGCUCACUCAUCUCAACAGAAACAUAACUACAGACAGAAGCAGGCUUCUUCUUCAAAAAUUCAUAUUGAUCAUCUUGACGCUGCUUCAGGACCAAGGAUCACCACGAUAAUAUCAAGAACUCGAAGUCGUGGCAACGAGAACGAAGGGAAGAUGAACGUGACAACUUCCACAGGUGCAGGUUCAUCCUCGUCAGCCGGAGCUGGGGAAGAGCAGCCAAGAGGUCGACACCCAGAAUGUUUGGUUAAAACUUCAAAACUCCUCUUCCUCGCUGCCCACGGUCUCGCGUUCGUGUGCCUUGGAGCUAAAGUCUUGCAGUAUGAGGAAAUCUGUGGAACGCCUACAAUAUUGGCUGAACGGGUCAGUUUAGGCGCUGAGCAGGACGAAUAUAAUAGGGAAGACCAUCAAGGAGAAGGUCGUCGAUCGACAAAUCUAAAUGGAGGGAGUUCAACUACUCCUAUGGCUGAAGCAGAUCCAAUAGACCUUGAUGUUCCUACGACUACGACUGCGAUUGCAUCUCAUAGUCAUAGUAGUCUUUCAUACAGUAGUACAACAAGAAGUGCUGCGAGGACAGAAGAUCCUAGUAUAGAGGCGGACACUAUCACGAACACGAUCUCGAAUUCAGGUGGUUGCCCUGGUGGAGGUCAGAACAGUAAUUAUCUUCAAGGUGCUGCACGUGCACCUCCAUCUGUGCAGGAACACGAGGAACCAACUCAAAUUAUGCUCAUAACCGACGCCGUGCAGACUUUUCACGACGUCUAUGCAGAAGUAGAUAGAGGAGACGACAACAACGUCUUAAAUUCAGAUAACGUCGACGACAGCAACGUUAUAUCUACUUCAGAAGGAGUAGGAGAAGACCAUCGAAUCCAAACUAGACGUGUCGGACGACCUGUGGACGAUGACGUCGCUGAGCAAACCAGAAGUGUAGUCGGACGACAUCCUGUGUACGCGGAUACUGAGCAACGUCCGAUCCCUUGGUCACUGGUUUUCAUGCCCAUUUUCUGGAUCUAUCCAGUCAUUUUUUUCUUACUCGUACUCAGUUGGGUCAGCAGCUGCAACUACAUCAAACUUAUGACGAACAGAUGACGAGUAAGUUGGCGUAGGACUACAACUACGUGGAACGCUUGUGUAAGUGUUUGUAAAAACAGAGAGGCAGUACAGUUCGUUGUGUAAAAGAUUGAACGUGAUGAAAGUCGAUGUAAGACUGUGAGUAAAAAGAAGAAGUUGUACUACAUUCCCUUGGAGGACGGGGGAGCCUUAGAUUCCGACUCAGAACUAACAUUAAGUUUUUGUUCUUUCUCUUCCCUAGAUAGGUCUGCUCCAGACCACCGCAAUUUAAGUACUUAGGAACUCAGGUAGAAGAAUAUGAACAAGAACCACGAGAGGAAGAAGUUAGUCAGCGCCAAGAAAUUACCCUUUUCAUAUACUGCUGUUUGCGGGAGAACAGUGCGAUUGCGCAUGGUUCACGUCACAACCCUUCGCUGAUCACAGAGAUCGCGCCACGCGUGCUUGUAGCUUUAAGAACAGAAUCUGAGUAUUGGUACUUUCUCGUUAGCACUGGUUAGUUAGUACGAGCCUGAGCCUCAGGUUUGGGUCUGGGGUUUAGGGUAAGUAGAUAGAUAGAAUUCUGAAUAUGAAUCGUGAUACUUCUGAGAAGCAGUGAAAAUAGGGGUGUUCUUGCUGACCCCUAUGCAGUAUGAAGGAAGCUGACCCCUAUGCAGCAUGAAUGAAGAACAUUUUGCCGCCCUCCUGUGUGCAGCAUGAAGCAACAUCAACAUUCCUCUUCUAAUAGCUGGGGCAGCGUUGUUUUUCUUGCUUGUCUCUCUCAUCGCUGAAGUGUCGACCUAUCGCUUUCUCAGUGAAGACUUACCGCUGACUUGGGAAUAUCGAUUGCUACCAGAUGAACAAGUUGCAUUCUCUUGGACCACUUCAGCAAUGAGACAUCUUGACAUCCGCGCUGACCCUUCCACUUCCUCCGCCACGACUGCAACUACUGUAUUAAGGCCUCACUUGCAAGAACUUAUUAAUUUUUUAUAAAGUUUUCUUAGCCCAUGCCCAUCUGUCUCUGUGAGCCUGAGCGGUUUUCAAGAAGAAGAACGGAAGCAGAUGAGGGAAAUAAAGAUGGAUUGUAGUGAGUUCUAACUGUCGCAACACCUAGAAGCACUACGAGCCCAUCCACAUUGUCAUCAACGCGGCGUGUGGUUUGUAACCCACCACUGAGUGGGGACAGCUUGUGCUUACGGGUUCCGAUUCAUGUGACCACAUGGAUUCUGCUAUCGUGUUUCAUCGCCGGUUCUUACGGAGUGCUAGUCAAGCGGAGAAGCUUCGUGGCGUGGGUACCUAUUUUGUGGAACCUGGAAGUAGAGCAGGACUUCUUCUCAAUAAUUAUAUACUUUUUACCUACUAUCCUUCCUUUUUCCUUUUCCUAGUUAGCUUGGCUCCACCCGUAAUAUGCAUAUGCGUACUUUAGUGUCCCAAAGCGUCGCACUUAUGAUUUUUGGUGGUUCAACCAGAACAAGGUCCAGGAGCUGCUGAUUAGACCACGAAAUUCCACACCUACACCAGCUUUACUGUGCUGGAGCCGGUAGUGAUGGUGAAAACCGAGAAUGCUACUUAGAUUAAUGCAUCGUGCUGAUGAUGUUGAUGUAUUCGAUAUCUAUAGUAUAAGCAUUUUUUCCAGGUGAGCGCCUACGUCGUUUUAACGGCGAUAUUGUUGCAGCUGUCGUCAGUGGGAGAGAGCGUAAAGUGGGCACCGGGAAUCCUAUUGUCGCUUAUCCUUGCAGUCCGGGCUUGUGCGCGCCUACUUGAAGUCUGGAGAGUGUUAACAAUUAAGGCAUUUUUUACGAAUAAGACAGAGUUCUAGUUGUAAGACAAAUUUGGAAAGUGUUAACAAUUAAGGCAUUUUUUACGAAUCAUCUGUGCAGAGUUCUAGUAAGACAAAUCUUUAUCUUACUCUACUAGUUACCUAUAGAGGAGCAAUAAAGCCCUAAGAACACAAACUGCCUAAGGCUCUAGUAAUGCUGCACAUGAUCAUGAGAAUGCAAAUGUAGUUCGGAGAGCUCUAAGGCAAACGAAGAAACCGCUUGGCGCUGUGUUGAGGUUGUGACAGGUUUCGGUUUGGCAUGGGUGCUGGCGCUGAAUCUACUCAAAGCAGGUCUGUAUUAUGGCUUUUAUAUAUUCUAAACUCGGAACACGAACAGCUAAACCGACUAGUCUGAAGCCACCUCCUAACGGUAACGAGAGUGUGACUGAUUAUUAUUCAUUCUCACAAAUAAAUCUAAAUGUGAGAGUUGAAACGCGUACAACCUAAAUAACAAUACCUGAGCUUUGUGUACAAGUUAUCUUAAUGUUUCUUUUUGUAUGAAAUAUUGCGAUUUAUUGGAGAAUUCCGAAUUCGAUGGAUACUGCCCUCUCUAACUCGCCAUCGGACGUGGUAUUUCUGCGGUAGGCCUUGCCAUUUUGUUCUUGGUCGCAGUGAGGACAAGAUUGGCCGUGUUGAAUUCGAGAUGUCGCCUAGAAACCAGAAUGGUAUUGUUUGCCACAACAACAUCAACAGGAGAGGAACCAAGGCGAUGGCCGCCAUGAUGUUGGUGGGGAGGGCAAGAGGAGACGUGCCAAGGCGAUGGCCGCCAUGAUGAUGGUUUGAAAGGCAAGAGUCUGAGUCGAUGGGGAAACGUGCUGUAUACAUUUUGUUUAUACAGUCGUGGAGGUCUAAGUCUACUUGCUCCAUGGUGAAGAUCUAUUUACUGGAUGUCGAGAUGGUAUUUGAUGGCCGAUAUGGAGCAGAAGAUGAAGCGUCGUCAGGCCAGUAGGUAUGAUUGCACGCCCUUUGUCGUGUGUGUUGCUGUUGCUGAAUGAAAAUGCGUCGCAAGAACUGCAACUGCGUCAUUUUUUUCUUGGAAUUUUUUCCUCUUUGGAGUGAUGAACGCGUCUUG